AUCAGAACCCUCCCCCAACAAACUAGGAUUACUGUUUUGUCUCGCAACAAGAAACAUCACGUACGAGGAAAAAAAACACACUAGUCUUGAGAUGGGCAGAAGUCCUCGAAUCAGUUCGGAGGAUGGACUAACCAAAGGAGCAUGGUCUGCUCUGGAAGACGAAAUCCUCGUAGAUUAUGUCGAAACCCAUGGAGAAGGAAAAUGGAGUAACCUUGCCAAACAAACAGGGCUCAAGAGAUGUGGAAAGAGUUGCAGACUUCGUUGGAUGAAUUAUCUUAGACCAGGCAUAAAGAGAGGGAACAUUUCAGAAGAUGAAGAAGAACUAAUCAUUAGGCUGCACAAGCUCUUAGGCAACAGAUGGUCUCUGAUUGCAGGGAGGCUACCAGGAAGAACAGACAACGAAAUCAAGAAUUACUGGAACUCCUAUAUAGCCAAGAAGGCCAGAGAUCAGUUCCCAUCAACAAGGUCUGUUGAGAUUACUGACAAAAAGCCAGACAUUAGGGUUGAUCUUCAGGGUGGGGCGGCGCUGUCCUGUGGUGUCGGUCCGCAGCUGCAGCAAGUGAAGGAAGACGUCAUUCAAUUAAAUCCAGACAUGAAGAACGCGGCAUUAACAGGACCUUUCUCCGGAGCCGGCUUAACCAAACCCAAGCUAGAACCAUCAAAAUCAAGAGCCGGGCCGCUGUCAUCAACGUCCGGGGAAAUAGAAAUCACGCCGACAAACUUCAUUAUGGACUUUAGUUCGGAGGAAUUUUGCAACGUGCUUGAUUCCGAUUUCGCGAAGCGCAGUGACGUUAAUAUAAACGAGCUGAAAAACGCGAUCGAAGGCGAUAGCGGCGGCACUCUUCUUAAUCCUCCAUUAUCGCAAGAAAUUACGGGAACAAUUAAUGGCGGCUUUGGUAGUAGUAGCAGUACUGCUGAAGGCGACCAACCUGAUAAUAAUUAUAAUAUGGUUUCUUCUGCAGAUUUAUUCCAGCCAUUGUUUCUAGAUUCAAAUGAUGGCUGGCAGCUUGGGGAUGAUAUAGACAUUUUGUUCUCCGACUGGCUAAAGUUGCUUACACCUAAAUUUUGAGUUUUUGCAAGCUAA